CGUCGCGGUUGGCGAGGCCCAGCUCUGCCCGCCCGCCCAUGGCGUCGUCGGCGGGCAGCCACCGAGGCUGCUGCUUGGUCCCGACGACGCAAGCUUGGCGAGAGACCACCCACUCGCCUGUCGGUCUGUCUUGGCCUGGACGCCUUCCCGCGAUGCGCUAUGCUGUAGCCACACGUUUUGAGUUGGACCUGCGAGGCCUCUUUGCUCAGCUGCUGCUGCUGCUGGGCUGGCUGGCUACUUAGGCAGCUAGUUGGCAUUUAUGGCAGCCAUGGCCAGCUCGACUUCAACUCCAUGGCUCGUUCGGCUCCUCCAUCACAAUCUUCUCACACAGGCCGGCUCAUCGAGAGCUCCUUUCCCCUUCGGUUGAGAACAUGUCACACCUCCCGUCGUCAACGCGGACGCGGGCGGGCCGGUUCGCCAGCGUGCCGGAGGAGCACGGGGACGAAGCAGACCUAUCGUACCAGGGAGCGGCAGGCCAGUACCAGUACGGCUACGACCAAGGCUACCGCUAUGACCAGGCUGAGGAGUUCGACGUCAUCUCCCCUUACACGUCGCCCCAGCAGCAGCACCAGAGACCGUAUGACCCUGCCCUGGGCACGCAGCCGGGAGCACCGCGCGACUACUUCAGCACCGGCAGGCGAUACAGCCAUGCCAGGACGGCCUCGGAGGGGUCUGCCGACGUGGGCAUCACGCCCAGCCCGUACGAGUACAGCGGCAGCAACAACGGCCGCCGCUCGAGCACCAGCCCGCCGGGGCCGCAUGGCAGCAGCAGCAGUAGCGGCGCCGGCGGGGUGAGGGCGCCCAUCUACGACAAGCCGCUGCCAAACUACAAGCCCACGGCCCUGCGGCGGCCGUUCCUGCUCGUGCUCCUGGCCGUCGUCUUGGGAGCCAUUGCGGCUCUCGUCAUCGGCCUGCUGAAGCUGCCGGUCAGCCGGGCGUCGAUUGUGCAGGCAAGGGAUGUCGCGCAGGGUCUGGACCUCGCGAGACGCCUCGAGGUGCCGCCGGGCAAUGUCAACAGCGAGGCUCCCACCGUCACAGGAGUUCUCGCAGCCGAGGACUUUGGAGGCCUGGACACGGCAGCGACGGUCACCACGCCCCAAGCAGCAGGCGGCUCGCAAGGGACUGACGUGCCGGCGCCUGGAGAAUUUGAGGAGCUCGCACCCUUACCCUCACCUGCACCUGCGCCUACACCUACACCUGCGCCGGCUCUCGAGUCAGCUGCAGCGCCUCCUGCGCUACAGGCGCCAUCCUCACCAUCUGGGGAGGGAGGGGCGGAUGAUGACGGAGCUGCCGAGCCGACAACGACGCAGGCAUAUGUCCUCGCGGGCGACUUUGCCGAGCUGGGAGGGCCGACACCGACACCGACACCCACUGCUCCUCUAGCGCCGCCGCCGGGAGCGUACGAGGGACUUUCAGAGGAGGAGACGGACACGGUGCCGGCACUGGCGAUGGCAGCCCCCGCCGCGCAGGCCACGCACACGCAACCCCCCGGUGUCGAGGGCAACCCCCCGCCGGCGGCCUACAACGGGCUCGACGACGAGGAGACGGUUACGCCGACUGCCCCGUACGUAGGUGAGACUGGCUUUGCAGACCCCAUCGGUGCGCCGCCGGUGACACCGCCGCCUGGGACGACGACUGUCGCGUUCGUGGGCGAGAGUGCCUUUGCAGACCCCAUCGGCGCACCGCCAGUGACGGCCCCUGGCUCGACGACUGUUGGAUAUGUCGACGAGUCUGCCUUUGCAGACCCUAUCGGCGCGCCGCCAGUGACGCCGAGUGACUUCAGCGUGCCGGCAGCAACGGUGCCGAUAGAGAACAUCGUCACCGACGUCAACGAGUCGAACCCACAGACGACGGACCCGCCAGCGGCCGUCAGCGACGACGUCAACGACCCCAGCCAUGUGCCCGGCGAGAACGACUUUGGCGAUCUCAACGCGGCCCCGACUACUGUGGGCGCUGCUCCAAGCUCCGCGUUUGGCCAGCUUCAGCUCAUCACAACCGCAACCCAGCCCCCGGCUGUCGUCUCGUAUGGCACCGCUUCGGCCGCGCCGGUCUUCACGCCAUACACGACUGUUGUAACCAAUGCCCACGGCCAGCUAACGACCAUCGUCACGAGCAAGCCUGUCCAGCCCUCGCUCCAGGUCCUCACCAACGCGGCCGGCGUCCCGACCAAGACGCUCACCAGCUACCCCCUUGCUGCCAGCCGACCGGCCGACAACAGCAACAACGGCGCCGUCGUCAUUUACUCGCACACGACGACCGUGGCCUCGUACAUCCUGGGCAUGUUCAUCCCCACGAUCGCUGCCGUCCUCCUCUCCAUCCCCAUUCGCAUCCUCGACACCAACGCCCGCGUCUUCCACCCUUGGCACCAGCUCGCCCGCCCCCAAGGUGCUCUCGGCAAGCACUCCAUCUCGCUCGAGCCCUUUGGCUGGGGUGGCUACCUCGAGACCUUCCGCGGCCUGGGCAGCGGGCAGUGGGUUCUCUUCUGCACCACAGUCCUGACUGUCUCCGCGGCGUUGUUGAUCCCUCUCGCUGGCGAGGCCAUCCGGAUCGACCUCCAGGGCCCAGAAUGCCGUCCCGGCACAAUGACCAACAAGGGGUGCUUCUUCAUCACCACGUCAUUCUUCCAGGGCACCAUCGCGUGUGUCUGCCUGCUUGGCGUCAUAGCUCUCGUCCUGCUGACCCUCGUCUUCAUCCUGGGCCGCUGGAAGACGGGCGUUGCCACAAAUCCCUGGAGCAUCUGCAGCAUCGCCACGCUGUGCCUUCACGACGACGUGCGCCGGCUCUUCACGAGUCUCCCUGCGGGAGUGGACGCGCGCGCGCUCCCCAAGAGCCUGAUCGAGGCGCUGUUUGCCGAGCGCAGGUUCCGGCUGGGCUACUUUUACGGGACCAACAGUGGGACCAUCGAGUACGGCAUCGUGCUUGCCGACAAUGCGGAUGGUUACGGUGGUGGUGGUGGUGGUGGUGACGGGAGAUCCGCCGGAGAGAAGGCGCGCACCAGCGUCGAUGAGGCGUGGGAGGUUGAGAACAUGCUCAAACACCACAACCAGGCCCGGCCGCUGGAGAAGCUCGAGAACAAGCACCACCUCCCCUUCCUCAUGCUGGGCUACGUCUGGCGCCUGCUGCUGCUGCUCGUCCUGCUGGGCAUGCUGGCCGUCAUCGGGUACUACCAGACGGGCUCGGACAAGACCGACUUUGAAAAGUUUAUGAGCGGCGAAGGGUUUGGCGUGCGGUUCUUGUUCACCGGCGCGGGCGUCGUCAUUACUUUGUCCUGGUCGUCGUUUUUCGACAGCAUCGCCAUCAUCAGCCCCUUCCGCCUUCUCGCCAAGGGCUCCCGCCCAGCGCGGCGCUCGAUCCUCCUCGCCCCUCCGCGCAACGGCUUCUCGGGCCUCUGGGCCGGGCUGCGCCGAGGCGACCUGUUCCUGGCCUCGACUUCCCUCAUCUCCAUCGCCUCGGAGCUGCUGCCCAUCCUGCUGUGCAACACGCCCUUCCGCAGCACGCAGGUCUACCUGGUCAACCGGGCCUGCACGUACGGCAGCGUCGCCAUCAUGAGCGUCAUGGCGCUCACCCUGAUCCUCAGCUUCGUCGUGAAAUGGCCACACAUGCCGCUCGACCCGAGCACCAUCGCGGGCACAAUGUACUACGUCUGCGACAGCUGGAUGCUCGACGGGUUCGAAGGGUGCGGCGGGCUGAGCAGGCUGGCCCGCAAGGAGAGGGAUAUGCGGGUCGACAACAUGGGGCUGCGGUAUGGGUUCGGCAGGACGUUGGGCGUCAGCGGGAGGAGCAGGAUCGGCGUCGACUUGUCGCCGGAUAGUCGCUUGCCUAUUUGAUUUUUUUGGGUUUUUUUCCUUCUUUUUUUUUCUUUUUGGCGCGGGUUGUUUGUGAACUGUCAUAUAGGGAAG